CCUCCGAGGAGGAAACAAGUAUUUCCUAUUUUUAAACUUUGCACAGCUCACUUGAUCAGAAGACAAGACAUCGGUACAUCCCACAGGAAGCGUCGUUGAAGAGCUGCAGGAUGGAAACAACAACGAGCUUCGUGUAUGACAAUGAUGGAGACCCCUGCACAAAAAAUGAAGUGAAAUUCACUGGAGCACAACUGCUGCCACCCCUCUACUCGUUGGUGUUCAUCUCUGGCGUUGUGGGAAAUGGUCUGGUUGUUCUCAUCUUGAAAAAAUACAAGAAACUGAAAACCAUGACCGACAUCUACCUCCUCAACCUGGCUAUUUCUGAUUUACUGUUUCUCUUCACCCUCCCGUUUUGGGCUUACUAUGCGGCAGACCAGUGGCUCUUAGGGGAUGCCGCAUGUAAGAUCUUUUCCGGACUUUACUAUUUAGGCUUUUUCAGUGGCAUCUUUUUCAUCAUCCUGUUGACCGUGGACCGGUACCUGGCGAUCGUCCAUGCCGUGUUUGCUUUAAAAGCCAGGACCGUCUCCUGCGGCGUGGUGACCAGUGUCUGCACCUGGGCUGUGGCCCUGUUAGCCUCCGUUCCCGGGUUCCUCUUCAACAGAUCCCAGAAGGCGGAGGACCGUUACGUCUGCAGCACUUACUUUCCGAUGGGCCAGGAUUUGGCUUGGAAGACUUUCCAGACUUUACAGAUGAACAUCUUGGGACUCGCCGUGCCGUUGCUGGUCAUGAUCGUGUGCUACACGGGAAUCAUUAAAACGUUGCUGAGGUGCCGGAACGAGAAGAAGAAGCACAAGGCGGUCAGGCUCAUUUUUCUGAUCAUGAUCAUUUACUUUCUUUUUUGGGCCCCUUACAACCUCGUCCUUCUCCUCAACACUUUCCAAAGCUCCUUCGGCCUGAACAACUGCGACAGCUCCAACAGACUCGACCAAGCGAUGCAAGUGACGGAGACACUGGGAAUGACCCACUGCUGCAUCAAUCCUGUGAUUUAUGCCUUUGUGGGCGAAAAGUUUAGGAGAUACGUUUCUCUGUUUUUCCAAAAGCAUAUUGCCAAGCACUUCUGCAAAAGCUGUCCCAUGUUCCAUAGUGAGACAGCCGAUCGGACAAAUUCUACCUGUACCCGAUCCAGUGGAGAACAGGAAUUCUCCGCAGGCUUGUAAUGUGGAACCAGUACUUCCUCCCCCAAAUCCUUCUAAUGAAUCCAAAUCUCUGGACCAGCCUUAUUUUAAAAAAGAAGUCCUCCGUCACGGUGAUUGAAAAAUCAAAUUCCUCUAAAACUCUAACGAAAAUGCCAGGGCAGUAGCCACCUGACCAGCAAACACCAAUAAGACUGGUGGUACUAGCAGGCAUGAAAACUUUGGAUGGGGUGUCCAUUUGAAAAAGAACAAGCUGGAAGUUCAAAUCACUGUCAUUAACUCUGAGUUCUGCUUUCUUAUUUUUCCAGCCUGCCUCGUUAAUGUAGCCUAAUGGAAAGAGCAGGAGCGUGGGUGUUAGGAGACCUGGUUUGCUUGCUAUGUGACCUUGGGCAAGUCACUGUUCAGUCCCUCAGUCUUCCUUAUCUGUAAAGGAUACGUGUUCUCCCACCUCUUAGACUGUGACCACCAUGUCUUAUCUGAUUAUCCUAUAUUUACCCCAACACUUAGCACAGUGCAUGACACACAGUAAGUUUUAAGAAGUGUCACAAUUUUAUUUUUAUGACUUUAAAAACUGAAUUCGUUAUACUAUUGCAUUGUGGGUACCACUGUCUUUUAAAUGAUCAUUCAAGAGGCAAAUAUAUAAAUAAAAUAAAAACAUUUGACAGAAAAAGACACAUCAUUUUCCCAUUAUUCAACAGGAAUAACUGUAUGUACUGGGGUAGUUAUGCAAUCUUUUCUCAUUGUUUUUGCCCCUGAAAAAUAGUGUUCAUAAAAAAACUCUCAAAGCUGAAUUCAAAAAUCAACCUUAUUUUACAGUGUAUGUAUAUUACUUAUAGUCUAUGAGAGCAUUUCUAUGACAUGACUAAUUAAGAAUUUAAAAUACCAAACUAAUGAAUAAAUGAAUAAGGCCUGAGGACUUGAAACAGGUUUCACUGGAGAAAUGAUCAUCUAGGUAUGGAUCAAUCAUUCUAUUAAUUUGAUAUGCACCCACCCUCAGCCCCAUAGCAAUUAUGUACAUAGCCAUAAUAAAUUAAUUUAUUUAUAAUAAUGUCUGUCUCCCCCUCUAGACUCUAAACUCC